UGUGUGUGUGUGUGUGUGUUUGUGUAUGUUUGUGUGUGUGUAACCGUGACACAUGUGGAAGUAGAAUGUAUAGAAUGUUCUACAGUUCCACAGGUGGAAUUAUGGCUUUCUACUCCAUUAUGACCAUUCUCUUCUAAAGUCACUAUUAACUUAGCAGAGGCACAGGGAACACAUCUACACAGACCUUCACAGAGUCAACUAUGGAAAGAUUAGGAUACUUAACAGAACAAACGUGCCGUACAUCAUUGCUCCACAUGGAUAUCAUGCCUGAUGUUUUUUCUUCCUGUCAGAGUUCACCAGAGGAACUAGGAGAGGAUAGGUGCAGUGAUUUGGAGCUGCCUCUGCUCACAUCAAAGACUUUGGAUGAAGUGGUCAUGUUAUAUUUGGGGUAUAUGACAAAUGAACACUGGCUGUUGCUGGCAGCUGGCAACAUUGAUUCUGCCACAGUCAUACUGCUGUCCGAUCUGUGUCACGAGGUUGUCCAGACGGUCUCCGACAAGGUCCUGGAUGUUGUGGCACCUCAGGUUUAUAGCAAGACUUGGGGCCACACUUUCAUGGAGAGUGCCAGCAACCCCAGCAACACUUCUGUCACAAUGUACCUGGACGAGAUUGAAUCUCCACAAAGGGAGCAUAACUAUCACUCAGUGACAGUGGAUGAUAUCCAAGCCAGCCUUGGACAUUCACUUCACCAGUGUCUUGGAGAAGCGCUAGAAGUCGUAGAGGAGAGUUCUGACGACUCUGAACAACUGCUGCAGCUGGUUGCAGAAGAGGUGGCCAAGAAGGUCAACCGCACACUGGCCGUUAUCACGCAGUCAACUUCUUCCUCACCACUGGAGGAAUCUGUUGAGUGUGUUACACCACAAUCAACUAAACAAAUGGUUUUUCAUGUUGCCAACAUACUGAGCAGAUGCGUGGUCCGGAAGUACCAGAUUAAGCCUUCUGAAGAAUUACGCCUGGUCAGCGUUUCAUCUUGGGCCUCCAGUCCAGACGACGAGAGCGUGGUUGAGGAGUUCAACUCAGAGAGUACCAUCGGCUCUCUAGUGGAGUCACACAGUUCAGACCUAACCAUUUCUGUGAGCUCAGUGUCUCCAGCCACUACCAAAGAGGAGUUAUCCCAGGGAGAGAAGACCUUUCUGGCUGUGUUCCUUGGUAAGCUGCUGGACCACAUCGUCCACUCCACCAAGACAUCGGUGAUGGACUUUAACUUUGAUGGAAUUUUGAAGAAUCUGACGAGGAUUGUGGAAGAAACAGGUAUUACUCUCCCACAAACUGUUGGAAACCUCCACCGUACCAUCUUUAAGAAGCUUUGUCUGGAGUUUGGAUCCACAAAGCUACUGCGAGCUGCCAUCGUGUCUGAAGGUAUGGCCUUCGAGGAGGCGGUUGCUAGGGAAUUGCGAGUACAGCAGCAGAAAGCUACACAUAAAAAACCCAGCUUUGUUACAAACGUGAGGAGGAUUUUCAGAAGAAUAAGCAACAAAGUAGCUCCUGCGUGUGAAGUCGACACAUUCAACAGUCAAGUGGCUCUCGUGGAGAGUGAAUCGACACCCCGGCAUCAGAAGAAACAGAAGAGCGCCGUCAUCAUCGGGAUGUUCUCUGCCGUGGCUAGGAUUCUGAAGAAGCCCUUCACCUCCAGCAUCAGACGAGGAUCACAGGAUAACUAGCUCACACAAGUAUCCAACAUUCAGGGCCAGAUAUGCGUACAUAUAGUGAAUAUAGCGUUAUCAAUGCCAUGGCCAACCCGCAGAAAGCGCACGCUGUGAUACUUCAGCUUACGUCGUAUUUACCAAACCUGCAGUUUAU